UACUCUCAAUGUGUGUUUCUCCUCCACCUCCAAACUUCAUCUGAUGAAUUCUCGUUCUUUCUUACCACCACAUCUUUCGCCUGUUGCCGCAAUCACUGUGCUAUUCACGGACGCAUAUUUUGCAGGACAAGGAUCAUCCCCUUUGUGAUUUUCAGCUGGAUGAGUACAUUUCGUUAAAACCUCCGACCUUCCCCCCCUUCUUCCCUCGUCCUGUCUCUCCCCGCACAGGACGAGAUUCGACUCUCUUCAAACAAUGUCUCUACAUCUCAGCAUGUUGUCCGAUUCAUCGUCGCCAUUGAGCUCUCCGCGCUCUCUUUCACCAUCUCCUCCUCCUUAUUACUAUCCGUCGCCGACGUCGUCGCAGGCCUCACCAGGUUCCUCUCCUACGGCUGAGCCCUUGCUGGACUCGCUACCUGUCAGAAUCGAGAGAGAUGGGCCCCCUCCGACAAAGAAGCGUCGCACAGCAGAGAAAAAGGAAAGGAGAACGCAAUUUCUAGAUCUUCACCAAAUGUCCGAUGUUUAUGCUUCCGAUCAAAAAGAACAGCUAGAUCUCUUACUCAAAACUCUUCAUAAGAAGCGAAAGAUUGUAGUGAUUGCUGGCGCAGGAAUCUCUGUCUCUGCAGGCAUUCCCGACUUCAGAUCCUCUACGGGACUAUUUACCACUCUUCGUCGCCAACACAACCUGAAGGCCUCUGGAAAACACCUCUUUGAUGCGUCUGUCUACCGAACUCCCGCUUCCACUUCCUCCUUUCACGACAUGGUUCGAAAUCUCUCAGGUCUCAUUGAAACAGCCAAACCAACUGCAUUUCAUCACUUAUUGGCCCGGUUAGCGCACGAAGGUCGCCUGAUGCGACUUUACAGCCAAAACGUCGAUUGCAUUGAAACUUCGCUUCCACCGCUCGCUACACAAGUCCCCCUGAACCCGAAAGGGCCUUGGCCGCGAACAAUUCAGCUGCAUGGAGGUCUCAGCAAAAUGGCAUGCGUUAAGUGCAGCCACUUGGCAGAUUUUGAAGCAUCUCUUUUUGAUGGCCCUGACCCACCGAUUUGCAAGGUGUGUGAGGAGCUAGAUUCUGUGCGCACAAAUAUCGCAGGAAAGCGAAGCCAUGGUAUUGGAAAGCUUCGUCCAAGAAUCGUUCUGUAUAAUGAGUACAACCCGGAUGAAGAGGCAAUUGGCGCUGUCACAACGGCGGAUUUGAGAAGUCGGCCUGACGCUAUUAUUGUUGUUGGAACAAGUCUGAAAGUGCCAGGAGUCCGGCGCAUAGUAAAGGAGAUGUGUGGUGUAGUGAGAUCAAGGCGGGAUGGGGUCGCUAUCUGGAUCAAUAACUCACCGAUGCCCACCGGGCGCGAAUUUGAAAAUUGCUGGGAUCUGGUGAUCAAGGGUGACUGCGACGAAGUCGCUCGCCACGCCGGCCUGAAACGCUGGGAUCAUAUCGACGAAGAUAGUUUUGAAGUCUGUUCUGAAGAGGAUCGAGCCAAGAUCAAGUCUGAAGGCAAAGAAAUGGAGGUUCUUUUGGAAACUCCUCGCAAGCGGAAGCAUCCAGGCGUGGAGUCUAUGCAGGGUGUGCUUACGCCAACAUCAAGCCCUACUCCCAAGCUGGCUAUACUGGAAAACACCGGCGACGACGCGAUGGCGCAAGUCGAAUUCGCAAACCAGACGACGAGCAACCCCGCCAGCCAAGGACGAUCCAUUGCAGACGUACUCCUCCAACAACCCAAGCCAAAGGGCAAAGGGCAAAACACAAAGAGAACCGCCUCAACAUCAUCAUCUACAUCACGUGCAAAGAGUACAAAACCAAGAAAGGCCCCCGCCAACACCAAGCGCUCUGCAGCAACAGCAGCAUCAGCACCACCAGCAGCGACCGAUCAAGUCAACAUCAAGGAAACAUUUAGAGUUACAAAGUCUGCUGCACCUCCGACAGACCCGGCCGAGACCAAGCCGUCCAAGCCGAAGAGAAGAUCAAUUGAAUUGCAGGAUAUCCUCAAUCCCGCCUAAAACAUUUUAUUGCAGAGUUGACGCUCGAGCUCACGUGGAAAAAAAACAAGGCUUAUAUCCUAUGGCGUUAUUGGUCGCAUUGCUUAUAUACAAUAAUUUUUCUGUUUCAUCCUUUUCUUUCUUUUUUCUCUCUCUUCUAUAUUACUUUCUCGUCACCCCCAACGCCAGCGCUUGGCCUUGUAUUACUAUAUCCUUUUACAUUUUGUUUUGGAACGCGCAAAGGAGUUGGGGGGCAAAGUAUAGAAAGCGCAAAAGGAGCAAAGUUUAUAGCUUUAGUCGAAGAGCUUGUCCAUGUAUUUUACAAAGACGUUCCUAAUAACGCACCAUUAGUCCAGCUCUAUAGCAGAAGAAGAAGAAGCAGCAGCAGCAGCAGGAAAACUAUAUCAAUAGUAUAUUACCUCGCAGGUCUCGGAACG